AUGAAAGAAGAGCGGUUGCAAGCGCUUGCGUCGAUUCGACAGCAAUAUUCGGAAUUGAGUGGCCAGCAUGGACAGUACUCUAGGCGUCUGCAAGCGAUUCAUGAAAGCUUGAAGCACAGUGCCGCUCAGAUACUACGCAAUGAAAUUGCUGACAUUGAAGCGGAAUUGCCGCAGUAUCGUGAAACAGUGGAAAAUGGAGCCAUGGAACGGAAGAAAUUGGAAGAAAAAAUAACACUGCUGAGUGAGCGAAAAAAGAACGAAAAAAUGUUUCGAGUAGAGUUUAUGCUCAGUUUCUUGUUUCUUUUGACUGACCAGUAUCGAUUCAAAAUUCAAUUUCAAGAAAAAGAGAAAAAAGAAGCACAGAAGGAGUUAGCUGCCGCAGAAAAAGAGUUAGCAAGCGUUAAAAGUAUUUUCGAAAAAGCAAAGGUCGCUCUUGAAACGUUAAGGGAGGAAAUCGCUUCUUUGCAAAAAGCAAUCGGUGAAGACGAGGCAGAUCUGUCGAAUUUUCAAAAAGAAACUGAAAAAGGCGCUGAGCAAAUGGUCGUGCUUGAAGAAAAAGUUGCACAAGCAAAGGUAACACGAGAUUGA